AUGGCCGAAAAAAAAGAAAUAAAUGAAUCAAUUAAAAGUCUAAAGCAAAACGCAGAAAAACUCCAACAAAAAAUCAACACAGAAAUAGAAAAACUUCAAGAAAACAACGAGAAAAAACAUGAAGAAAAACUUGAGAAAAUCAGAAACGCAGAACAAGAACGUGAGGUACAAUCUAAAAGACUUGACGAAUUCAAAAUAAAAAUCGAAGAACUCGAGUCCAAAUCGGAACAAUAUGAAAGGAAAAAAUCAUUGGCCGAACAACAAAAACAACAAGCAUCUGAAGAGAUUGGACAACAUGAACUUCUGUUAAAUCAAUUGAAUGAUCAGAAGGCUAAUAACAUGAUUGUUUAUGGGAAUUCUAUUCCUGCUGUUCUUCGAGAUAUUGAUCGGGAGACUCGAUGGAGAAAAAAACCAAUUGGUCCGCUUGGGUUAUAUGUCACAUUGUCAAAACCAAAUUGGAGCGAAGUUUUAGAAUCGGUAAUUGGGAGGACUUUAAAUGCUUUUGCCGUACGAAACUAUCAAGAUCGAUCGUUAUUAUCAGAUAUUUUGCAACGACAUAAUUGUGCUUCGCCAAUCAUUAUCAGCGAAGAUGAUGAGUAUGAUCAUACUGCUGGUGAACCAGACGAAAGAUUUCUUGGGUCUUUAUCAUUACUUCGUUGUUGA